AUGUCUUCUGCUGUUCAAAACGUAGGUGAAAGGAAAAGAGAUUCUCCAGGGGGUGCAAAUGAAAUAAUUGCUUGCACAAAUUGUGGUCCAAGCACGUGUACGCAUUCGGCAAAUAAUGCGUGCGGAGCUGAUGCGAUUCGAAAAAAGGAACCGCCACAUCCGAUAAGAGUUGCUAAAACGAUCGACGUUAUAGCCCGGAUAACUUUUCCGACAGCCUUUGCAGUAUUCCUUAUAUUUUUCUUCAAACAUUACAAAGCGUUUUCAUAA